CACACACUAUCUCUCUGUCUCCCCCUUUUUGGCACUACCUCUGUCUCUGUUUCUCUCUCUAUUUUUCUCUCGCUCUCACACACACAAACACAAACACAAACGCAUACAUGCAGAGUUGACAUCUAAACACAAGCACAAAAGCAUACGUGCAGAAACAAAGUCACUUACUAUACUUUCAUAUACGCAAUCUCUGUCUCAAAACGGAUCCGUUUGUAAUGACAGCAACCUGAGAGUAACACAGCUCUUUUACUCUCCUCAAUUACAUACUUAAAUCCAUUGUCUCGUCUCAUUGUCAUUCAAAUUGGAUAGAUAUGGCAAAGACAAGAGCCUUUUUACUUGUCAGCAUUCUCACCGCAUUUUUUGUCGUCUCUACAAGUUCCUAUUCACUAACCCACACAGACCGUGAUAAUCUUAAUGAUCAAAUAACAUUGGAGAAUCAAGCUAGUUUGUUUUACCAGGCAUAUGGCCAUUUUUUCGAAAGCAGCAAAAUUGCACUCCGCGGUUUCGGCAAUUUUUUUAUGGCAAUGUCUCUUGAAGAGAAGGAGCAUGCGGACAAACUGAUGACUUACAUGAACAAGCGAUUGACUACACCGGAAGUGAGGAAUAUCCAGGUUGAUGCCAUUUGUAAUCAUCUCACCUACAAAUGUCUCUGUGCUAUUGUGAUGCCAGCAACAAUUUCUGGAUGUUCUGGGGUAAAGAUCCACGCAGAAGAUGUCCCCUUGCUUGCUAUGGAAGAUGCUGUCGGCCUAGAAAAAGCGGUCUAUAAUUCCCUUAGAAGUAUUGUUGAUAUCAGUAUGGACCCACAGUUGCAACAUUUCCUUGAACACGAAUAUUUGGAUGAACAAGUGGAAUCCAUCAAGCAGCUGUCAGACUACGUUACCCAACUUUCAAGGUUCAAUCAAUCCUACGUUGGACAUUAUAUGAUGGAUAAUCGUUUCUUGAGUGAGAGUAGUUCAAACAUUCACGGCAAACAUUAAAUUAAUUAGCCUAAUUUUAUAUUUUAAUACUUCGUUGUUCUGAAAUGAUAAAUAAAGGCAACGAAUAUUCUCUUUAACGAAAGCGAGUGCGAUAGUAUUCACCUCUUUCCCCCCUAAACGCUUUCACCAUUAUCCAAUCAGUAUGCAAUAGAGAUGAAAUCUUUUAUGUUGUUUUUGAUUAUUUUAUAGUAUAAUGUUGUGACAUCGUAUUAUAUUCAUUAUAUUUUAGCCUAUAUCUUAUUCUAUAUAACAAAAUAUAUUAUUCUAAAUUCAUUAUGUUAUAAUCAUUUCGAAGGCGAUGAGCGGGCAAAAAUCGCUAGCACGUCGAACAAAAUACAUAUCGGUAUUUCUUCCGGCACCUUAUGUUCUGAGUUCAAAUUCCGUCGAGGUCGACAUUGAUUUCAUCCUUUUGCGGGGGAGGGGCGAUAAAAUAAGUUUCAUGUUGAGUAUUGGAGGUAAAUGCAAUCAACUUCCUCUUCCCUCAAAAUUGCUGGUCUUGGGCCAAAAUUAGAAAGAAUUAUAACAGUUUCGGAAUUUUUAAAAACCGAAAUCAACUUUUUAUGAAUAUAAUGCUUAUCUAACGGCUUAAUCCCACUCCAGAAAAAGUAUAAUGCCAUCAAAAUACAAAAGCUUAUCUAAAAGAUUAUAAACUCCUUUCCAACACACACACACAUUUAGCAUCACCUUUAGUUCCCACUUAGAUGAUGGUUGAUUUCCAAUCAGCAUUAGGCGUCUUAUUCCUGGGAGUGAUGUUCGUCUUCAUGUUUUUGAAGAUGACCCGAUUAGCAGCUUCACUCUUUGUUGAUCUCCAGGGGACUUAUCAAGCUAAACGUGCCAUAAAAUCCACGGUCACAAUGAGGGCAUGUAAUAGCAGAAUCGGGACCAGCAGGACUCCUACUUUUUAGGCAACCCUCCUCUCUUCUGUUUCUCUGAGCAUUUCUGAUUCUGAGUGCUGUGUUCCAGAGGACGCAGCACAUCGUCACAGUGAGCAAUCUUGUUCAAGUAACCAGUUCUAAGUUACGCUUUCUCAAGGUUUCGAGUGUCCUAAUCCCGGAAGCAUAAAUGUCAAAACGUCCGAGAUGUGUUAAUGUUUGCUUUUAUCUUUUAUUUGUUUCAGUCAUUUGACUGUGGUCAUGAUGUGGCACCACCUUGAAGAAUUUCAGUCGAAUGAAUCGACCCCAAUUCUUAUUUUUUUAAAUACUGGUACUUAUUCUAUCGGUGUCUUUUCCCAAACCGCUCAGUUACGGGGAUGUAAAUACCUCAACAUCGGUUAUCAAGCGAUGUGUUAGCUUUUCGACCAUCGGUUAGCAAGCGAUGU